AUUUGUCAAAAGUAGGACGAAUAUGAAAUAUUGAAAAGCUUUAAUAAUUCUAAUACAAAGAAAUAAGGUUGAGACGAUAAUGUUUGUCUCGAGGCUUAUAAACGUUUAUGUAGUUAUUCUAAGUUGGGCACAUCUCAAGAACCUGCUUCUUUAUACUUUUAUCAUCCUACAAAACCAUAUUCUAUUCCUGAAAGAAAAAAAAAAAAGAAAGGAAAAAAUGGCGCAAUUAGUUGUCUUCAACCUUGCCGGGAAAGUGAUUGAACUGCUGAGUCCCUUGAUUCGUGAAGAGAUCAAGUUGGCCUGCUGUCUGAAAGCUGAUCUUGUAAAUCUAAAGAGCACAGUUUCCAUAAUCAAAGAUGUACUUCUUGAUGCUGAAAAGCAGGCUCAUCAUAGAGCUGUGGUCAAAGAUUGGCUCGAAAAGCUCCAAGAUGUCCUCCAUGAUGCUGAUGACGUGCUGGAUGAUGUUGCCACUGAAGCUUUGCAGCGUAAUGUGAUGGCUGGAAAUAAGAUGACGAAGGAGAUUGCAGCACCUCCCACCGUUAAAUCAACUCCCUUUUCUCAAGGAUGGUGGAGGAAUUCGGAUGAUGAUGAUGAUGAUGAUGAUGAUAAUGAGCCACACCAUCUCUUACUUCCAUCAUUUCCUCCUUCUCUUUCGGAAUUAUACAUUUGGGGUUGCCCUAACCUGACUUCCAUGCCCCUGAUUCCCCCCUCUUUGAAAGAGCCAUGUAUUUCUGGUUGUCCCCUGCUUACGGCUACACGAAGGAAACAGUGA